GAAGAUCGCGCAGUGAGUUAUUGUACUACUGGAAUGCUGAUUCAACAUCCCCAUGGUGCACGUAGGUCUCAUGGUAGCUUUGCAAAAAAACUUGAAGAAAUGACUUUCGAAGACAAAAAGGAUGAAUUAUGUAACAAACCGGAGAAGAAAAGGGAACGCCGAAAAUCAGCGGGCGAACCAUCCACAACAGAAAAAGAGGCAUUUGCAAUUAAACAAAAACAAAGUGGAUUAGAAACGGAAAGGAAACUGUUGCUAAAUCAACUUAAAGAAAUUGAAGCAGAUAGAGAGAAGAACAAAAAACUGCUUUUGAGUCUUCAAGCGAAAAACGCAGAUUUGGUCUGCGAAAAUGACAUUCUUUGCGAUCGAGUAGCCGACCUGAUGAUCCAGAAUAAAAACUUGCAUAAUUUACAAAAAGAAAAUACAGAAUUGCGUCGUGAAAACCAAGAACUGUCUGCUAGGGUGACAUCAUUGAAACGAUUAAGCCGAUGCAUUGAUAGAGCUAAUGAUAAAUACCGGGGCGAUAUUACUGAACUCAGGCAAAGGCCUUCCAUAGCUGAUUAUCAAGCAGUUAACAGCACAGUGAGGACAUUACGUCUAGUUGUCUUUAUCCUGUUAAUUAGUUUCUUUAGUAUGAUUGCUCAUGUAACCGGCAUGUUUAAUUGGGAGUUUCAGCAAGAUGGAAUCGAUAGCAAUUUUCUUUGGUCCUUCAUGUCAUCUUCUUUCGAAAAUUGCUAAAGAAAAAAUUCAUUAACUGAAUAUUAUAAGGUUUAAAGAAGCAUUGGGAGGUAAUUAAAAUAAAGCCACUUGGUAUAUGAAGGGAAAAUAAAAAGAUAAUUAAUGAUUAGAGUUAUGGUGUAUUAAUUAUUUAUUAACUAUUAAAAAACAUGGCUUUGAAAAUCGGCAGUGAUAAUUCGCAAUUUACGCAUUGUAGUGUCCACUUGUUCUUGAAAAAAAUUGCCUGAGCGAUAUUAUUCUAACACAAAUUUUGACGGUUAUUAUCCAAUUAGGUGUAUGAUUUCUUCUGUUUCACUGCAGUGAAAACGGUGAAACCUCCUUAAAUUAAAGUAAACUGACGUCGCUCUUGCGCUAGACUCUGAUCAGCAAUAAAAAACGCAUGUGAGCAGGGGUGGUGGAGCCUGGGUGUGUCUGAGGGGUGGCAAUGCCGUGGGUGUUUCCUGGCGUCGCUCUUCGAAAGUCGUCCAGGGGCAAAGCCCCUGAAAAAUAUGACAAUGGGCCGGCCGGUUACGAAGGCACAAUCAAUCAAUUUUAGAGUCUACUAAUGUAAAAAAUACAUAUAAAUAUUUUUCUCCCCCACUAGUCGUAGUUCCUCUACCCCGGGAGCAGCUCUUUCCGACGGGGAACGCAGCUCCCCACUGGCGCCAUCCCUGUACAUCACGUGAUUUGAGGAACAAUAAACACUCUCACUGAAACCCUAUGUUGAAACACACAC